AUUCAGGUUAAUGUACAUCACAUUAAUGAGUUAAACUACCUUGCAGCUAAACAAUAUCUUGACACCGUCUUCAUUUGUUGCAAACGCAACGAUUGGUAGAGUCAUAAUAAAAUGAUAUUUGAUGAUUUUGAUAUCAAAACAAAUACAGAUUACUGAAAAGUAAGAAAAAAAUGUGGACGAAAUUAAUCGAAUAUCCAAAUGCUUUAGCUGGGAUUGCAGCCUUUAUAUUUUGGUGCUAUUUGCAAAGGAAACCAAAAAAAUUUCCACCUGGUCCUCGAGGUCUGCCUCUUGUCGGUUACAUUCCGUUCAUGGCAAAGAAUCCCGCAGAAACUUUUAUGAAAUUGAAAGAGAAAUACGGAUCAGUUGUCUAUGUUCAAUUUGGACAAGAAGAUUGGGUCAUUCUGAAUGAUUAUGACACCAUUAACGAGGCAUUUGUAAAACAAGGAGAAAAAUUUUCCGGACGACCCUACAAUCUUUUAUUCGAGUUGAUAACCAAAGGACGCGGGUUCUUGACGUUGGAUUAUGGAUCAACAUGGAAAGCUUUGAGAAAGUUUGGCCAUGUUACACUGAGAGAAAUUGGGGUGGGAAAGAAAAAUAUGGAAACAAAUGUAGUUGAAGAAACGAAAUUCUUGAUUGAAAAUUUGGCAACGAGGAACGGAGAGAGUCUUAAUAUAGAAUUAAAUCUUGCAUCAUCCAAUAUCAUUUGUCGAAUAGUGUUUGGUACAAGGCUCAAAUACCAAGGAAGUAAAUUAAGGCAUAUGAUCGAAAUAUUUACAAAGAAGUAA